AUGGCGGACGAAAAGAAGAUCGUCGACGUCGAGGACGACUCCCACCGCACCCCGUCGCCAGUCAACCCAGAGAAGCGGCAGUCGUUACCCAACGCCAGCAAGGCCUCGCAGCGCGUCCUCGCCCAUUCUCACGAUGCCGAUGAGGCGAUGAAGGCAUUUGAGUCCGGCGAGAUCAUCGAGAUUGAUGAAGCUACUAAUAAGCGGCUGUUACGGGCCAUCGACUGGCACCUGCUUCCUCUGAUGUGCUGUGUUUAUGGUUUGAAUUACCUAGAUAAGACUACGUUGAGUUAUGCUUCGAUCAUGGGCAUCAAGAAGGAUAUCGGCUUGGUUGGAGAUGAUUAUCAGUGGUUAGGAUCUAUGUUCUACUUCGGUUAUCUGGGCUGGGAAUAUCCAACUAAUCGCCUGCUGCAACGCCUGCCACUGGGCAAGUACAGCGCCUUCAAUGUUGUCAUGUGGGGGACCGUACUUGCACUACACGCCACUGUCUGGUCCUUUGGCUCCGCCGUCGCCGCUCGCUUCUUCCUCGGUGUCUUUGAAGCUGCCGUCACGCCUGGUUUUGCGCUCCUUACAUCGCAAUGGUACACCAAGCGUGAGCAAGGCGCUCGAACAGGCCUGUGGUUUUCCUUCAACGGCAUGGGACAGAUCUUUGGUGGUGUCGUGGCGUAUGGAAUCAACGUUGGCGCAGAAAAGACCGGGUCCGCCAUUGCUCCCUGGAAGAUCGUGUUUCUGGUCAAUGGCCUGUUGACGGCCUGUUUGGGCGUUGUCUUUUUCUUCGUCAUUCCGGACAACCAGUUGAACGCGCGGUGGCUGAAGCCAAAGGACCGGGUGUUGGCUAUUGCAAGAGUAAGAGUGAAUCAGCAGGGAAUCGGCAACAAGCAUUUCAAGUGGUAUCAGCUCAAGGAGGCGUUGCUCGACCCUAUGACUUGGGCAUUCGUGUUCUACGCCCUUGUGGCUGAUAUUCCAAAUGGUGGCAUCUCGAAUUUCUUCUCCCAACUGAUCGUCUCCUUCGGCUACACACCUUCGCAGUCGCUGCUGUACGGCACUCCCGGCGGCGCCGUGGAAGUGGUAGCACUCAUUUUCUGCGGCUGGCUAGGCGACCGCAUUGGUAACCGCAUCCUCGUCAGCCUUAUCGGCCUGACAGCCGCGUUGAUCGGCGUAAUCCUGAUCGUCGCGCUCCCACUCAGCAACAAUGGCGGUCGCCUAGCAGGCUACUACCUCACACAGGCAUCCCCGACGCCGUUCGUGGCCAUUCUCAGCCUCAUCGCCACGAAUGUCGCCGGUUAUACCAAGAAGACCACGAUCGCCGCCCUGUACCUGAUCGGAUACUGUGUCGGCAACAUCAUCGGACCGCAGACGUUCAGACCGAAGGACGCGCCGCGCUAUGUACCGGCGGAGAUCACCAUUAUCGCCUGCUGGGGUGUGUGCAUGUUGGACAUGCUCUUCAUGUACUUCUGGUACCGAAGGAUGAACGCGCAGAAGGCGAGGGUCAGAGCAGAGCCCGAGUACGUCAAGCUGGAGAAUCAGGAGUGGUUGGAUUUGACCGACAAGGAGAAUCCUGAGUUCACCUACGCUCUGUAA